AUGCCGAAUUCAGAGCACAUUUGCGACAUGUAUGGUAGCAAUUAUAAUAGUCCCUUUAAAGGAGUGAGAUUUGGUUUUGAAUGCAACUCACAUCGCCUGCUGUUCUCAUUCUCUCAUAAUAACUUUGUUGAGGCUCCAAGUUUAUACUUUGUCUAUCUUUGUUUACGUUUAUGGUGUUUUCAAACAGGAAAUGAUUGGAGUUUACCCAGAAUGGAUACGAUUGGUAGCGUAGAAGCUUCAUUGAUUACCACUAAUAGCACAAGCAACAUGAUCUCUCUGGGACUUACCAAAAUACAAAAGAUAUUCAACAAUAUUUUUUGGCAAUCAACAAAAGAGAUGAACGAGUCUCCAUAUGUUUGCCAUUUGCAAAUUGUGCUCGUAUUUAUUUCACCUUGA